GCAGCGCGGCGUAGACUCGCGCUCGUUUUUUCCGUUUGCCGUGUUGCCGCCGAUUCCCCCUGAUUUUCCUUGGCGGCAGUUUGCGGUCCCGGCGCCCGGGAUGGAGCAGCUGGGCGAACUGGAGCUGCUGAUGGAGAAGAGUUUCGGGGAGGAGGCUGCGCUGCCGGCUGAGCUAUUUCAGAAGAAAGUCGUAUCUUCUUUUCCUAAAACAGUUCUGACCGGAGGAAUGGAUAACCGGUACCUGGUGUUAGCAGUCGAUAUUGUGCAGAACGAAGAGGGAAACCAUGAAAAGCACCUAAUCAUCACUGCUCACCAGUCACUAGAAUAUAAAGAUCGGUGCAUCCUUAGGAAUGACUGGUGUUCUGUACCAGUAGAGCCAGGGGAUAUCAUUCAUUUGGAGGGAGACUGCACAGCUGGUACUUGGAUAAUAGAUAAACAUUUUGGAUAUUUGAUUCUCUAUCCAGACAUGCUGAUUUCUGGCACAAGCAUAGCCAGUAGUAUUCGUUGUAUGAGAAGAGCUGUCCUUAGUGAAACAUUCAGGGGCUCUGAUCCAGCCACUCGUCAAAUGCUAAUUGGUACAGUUCUUCAUGAGGUAUUUCAAAAAGCAAUAAGUAAUAGCUUUGUCCCAGAAAAGCUACAAGAGCUUGCUUUUCAAACUAUUCAAGAAAUAAAGCAUUUGAAGGAAAUGUACCGCUUAAAUCUGAAUCAAGAUGAAAUCAAACAAGAAGUAGAGGAAUAUCUUCCUUCAUUUUCUAAAUGGGCUGGAGAUUUCAUGCAUAAGAAUACUUCAACUGACUUCCCUCAGAUGCAGCUCUCUUUGCCAAGUAAUGAUGGUAAGAAUAACUCAACAUGUAACAUUGAAGUAGUAAACUCAGUGGAUAUUGAAGAAAGCAUUUGGUCCCCUAGGUUUGGACUGAAAGGCAAAAUAGAUGUUACGGUUGGUGUGAAUAUACAUCGAGGAUGUAAAACAAAAUAUAAGAUAAUGCCAUUGGAACUUAAAACUGGCAAAGAAUCAAAUUCUAUUGAACACCGUAGUCAGGUUGUUCUGUACACUCUGCUAAGCCAAGAGAGAAGAGCUGAUCCAGAGGCUGGCUGGCUUCUCUACCUCAAGACUGGUCAGAUGUACCCUGUGCCUGCCAACCAUCUAGACAAAAGAGAAUUAUUAAAGCUGAGAAACCAGAUGGCAUUCUUUUUGUUUCACCGUAUUAGCAAAUCUGCUUCUGGACAGAAGACACAGCUUGCUUCUUUGCCACAAAUAAUUGAGGAAGAGAAAACAUGUAAAUAUUGUUCACAAAUGGGCAACUGUGCCCUUUAUAGCAGAGCAGUUGAACAACACACGGAUGACAGUUCGGUCCCAAUUGUCAUGCUGCCCAAAAUAAAAGAAGAAACCCAGCAUCUGAAGCUAUCACACUUAGAGUAUUUCAGGCUUUGGUGUCUAAUGUUAACCCUGGAGUCACAAUCAAAGGAUAACAGAAAAAAUCACCAAAAUAUCUGGUUAAUGCCUGCUUCAAAAAUGGAGGAGAGUGGCAACUGCAUUGGAAACCUGAUUAGAACAAAACAUGUAAAGACAGUUGGUGAUGGACAGUAUUUACAUAAUUUCCUACGUAAAAAUGGUACCAUACCUGUCACAAAUCUAAUGGCAGGUGACAGAAUUAUUUUAAGUGGAGAAGAGAGACCAUUGUUUGCCUUGUCCUGGGGAUACGUGAAGGAGAUUAACAUGACAACAGUAACCUGUUUAUUAGACAGGAACUUGUCGAUACUCCCAGAAUCAACUUUGCUCAGAUUAGACCAGGAAGAAAAAAGUUGUGAUAUAGAUACCCCAUUAGGAAAUCUUUCUAAAUUGAUGGAAAACACAGAUGUCAGCAAAAAACUUCGAGAUUUAAUCAUUGACUUUCGUGAACCUCAGUUUAUAUGCUACCUUAGUUCUGUUCUUCCACAUGAUGCAAAGGAUACAGUUGCCUGCAUUCUAAAGGGUUUGAAUAAGCCUCAGAGGCAAGCAAUGAAAAAGGUACUUCUUUCAAAAGACUACACCCUCAUCGUGGGUAUGCCUGGGACAGGAAAAACAACUACAAUAUGUACUCUCGUAAGAAUCCUCUAUGCCUGUGGUUUCAGUGUUCUGUUGACGAGCUAUACACACUCUGCUGUUGACAAUAUUCUUUUGAAGUUAGCUAAGUUUAAAAUAGGAUUUUUACGUUUGGGUCAGACUCAGAAGGUUCAUCCAGAUAUCCAGAAAUUUACAGAGGAAGAAAUUUGCAGAUCAAAGUCCAUUAAAUCCUUAGCUCUUCUAGAAGAACUCUAUGAUAGUCAACUUAUAGUUGCAACAACAUGUAUGGGAAUAAAUCAUCCAAUAUUUUCCCGUAAAACUUUCGAUUUUUGUAUUGUGGAUGAAGCCUCUCAAAUUACCCAACCAAUUUGCCUGGGGCCACUUUUUUUUUCACGGAGAUUCGUGUUGGUGGGGGAUCAUCAGCAGCUUCCUCCCCUGGUGCUAAACCGAGAAGCAAGAGCUCUUGGCAUGACCGAAAGCUUAUUCAAGAGGCUGGAGCAGAAUAAGAAUGCUGUUGUACAAUUAACUGUGCAGUACAGAAUGAACAGUAAAAUUAUGUCCUUAAGUAAUAAGCUGACCUAUGAGGGAAAACUGGAGUGUGGAUCAGAGAAAGUGGCCAAUGCAGUUGUACACCUACCUAACUUUAAAGAUGUUAAGCUGGAACUGGAAUUUUAUGCAGAUUAUUCUGAUAAUCCUUGGCUGAUUGGAGUAUUUGAGCCAAACAAUCCUGUUUGUUUUCUUAAUACUGAAAAGCUUCCAGCACCAGAACAAGUUGAAAAAGGAGGUGUGAGCAAUAUAACAGAAGCCAAACUCAUAGUUUUCCUGACCUCAAUUUUUAUUAAGGCUGGAUCUAAUCCCUCUGAUAUUGGCAUCAUUGCACCAUACAGGCAGCAAUUAAAGAUCAUCAAUGAUUUAUUGGCACAUUCUUCAAUUGGGAUGGUCGAAGUUAAUACAGUAGACAAAUAUCAAGGAAGAGACAAAAGUAUUAUCCUAGUAUCUUUUGUUAGAAGUAAUAAGGAUGGAACUCUUGGUGAACUCUUGAAAGAUUGGCGACGUCUUAAUGUUGCUAUAACCAGAGCCAAACAUAAACUGAUUCUGCUGGGGUGCGUGCCCUCACUAAACUGCUAUCCUCCUUUGGAGAAGCUCUUUUAUCAUUUAAACUCAGAAAAAUUAAUCAUUGAUCUUCCAUCAAGAGAACAUGAAAGUCUUUGUUACAUAUUGGGAGAUUUUCCAAGAGGAUAAAGCACUGUUUUCCUUGCCCUUUCAUACGAGGGCAGUAUCUCCUCUAGCUAGUGCCUGUGGUUUGUAUUUUGUUUGCUAUAAAAGUAGUGCCUGGUUAGACUGUGAAGAUAACUUUUAUCUAAAGGGUACAAAAUGAAGUAAAUGUACGCUGUUCAGAGUUUGGUUUUUGUUUUUAAUUUUUUUAUUAUAAUCUUGUUAAAAUAUAAAAUUCUAUCAACAUACAAAAUUUAACAGAGUAUUUUUUAAAGUACAGGUGUAUCCAAAACUGUGCAAAGUCUAAAUUUAUAGGUAUUAUACUACAUGUAUUUUUGUAUGACCCAGAAAAAGAGUUUGAUAAAUUUUUUACCAGCUUUAAAGAUAGAUUAACUUUUGGGUCUGAGCUUUUAAACUCUUAAGUCCAAAAUUCCAGGACUAAUUUGAUUUUGUAGAUGUUAUCAUAAGAAUUUUAUUUGAAAGACUGGAUAAAGAGAGUUGUUUUGUUUUCAUCCUUUAAGCACAGUCUUGUGAGGAUGAGAACAUAGGUGUGAUUCUUUUCUGUAUUUCAAGGUCCCUAAUCCACAGGCCAUUUUGCUGGAGUUUUUUUCUGACUUUGCUUUUCGGUAUUAGAUGUGCUUUCACUGUAAAUUUAGUCUUUUAUGACAUGAAUUAAUUACUUGCAGUUAAUUUCCUAUCUUCCCUUACUAUCACCCUUUUUUAUUUUCAAUAUUCAGUAUUUCAGUAUUCUAGAGUAGAUUUUGAUAUGAAAGAAAAUAAUUCUUCCUUUGAGAAGAAAUUUUGUUUUCUGAAUUGACAGCAAGUUAAAAAGGCAUGUGCCUAUUUUCACUUAUAUUUGUAUGCCCCUAUGUUUGGGGGCAUUACUCAAUUUUCCCCUUUUGUGUAAAGAUAUUUUAUAAAACAAAAUUGCCCUGGCGAUUAUUUAUAUAGUAACAGAUUUUAAUGUCAGUGUAUUCAUCUUUGGGGCUGGGUUGUAGUGGUGGGAAUCUUCCAUUUCUCUGGAGGACUUUUUUUUUUAAUGGAUGUUAAAUAUGUUAAAAUUUUUGCUUCUACCUCAUGUUUUUUUUUGACAAUUAU